AUGUGGGUCAUUAAGUUGGCCCUUCUGGUGUUAGGCAUCGGAGUGGUUCAGAGUUUUGAGUCUGAGAUGAAAUAUGACACACAUCUACGAUCCGCUGAUGUUCCGAUUCAUUUCAUCGGAGCGAAUGAGACAAAUUUAGUUCCGCUAACUUUGAGAUCUGAGAGAAGGAAAAGAUGUUCGUGUGGAUGUUCGGGAUGCGAUCUUUUCCCCAACAGAUCGUGUUGUUCAAGCUGUAAGUGUUUUUCCCCCAUCGAGAUUUUCAGAAACACCAAAAAUAUUCCAGCUUGCUGUUCUUCCCAAAAACCCAUACCCCUUGCCUGUUGUCCCCCGCCACCAGCACCAAAACCUUGUUGCCAACCGGCAUUCGGUCCGUGCUGCCCAGCCACACCAAACUGCUGCCCCAAACCAUGUUGUCGAGGACGCCGUCCAGAAUAUGAAGAAUACGAAGAUGAGGAGGGCAAUCCAGGUCUGCCACCACCGCCAAACCCGCCAAGAACCUGCUGUCCCCCACCAACCCCUGCAGCACCCCCGCCGCCACCGCCUCCUCCCCCACCAGCUCCUGAACCACCAACUCAAUGCUGUGGAUCUCAACCAUAUGGUAGAACACCGUGUAGAUCAGGAUGUCCGAAUGGAGAUUGUGGAUGUGGAAGACCUUGUUGCUACUAUCAAAAUCCAACAUGCUGUGAUCAAGGACAGAAACCGUGUUGUCCACCAGAACAACCAUGUUGUCCUGAAAUUCGAUUGGAUACUUCUUGCUUGGCUGUUGUUCCACCUUGUUUGAGAUCUUGUCCAUCUUGUCCGUGUCGAAAGCGUCUGAUGUUGGGAAAACGAUCGAAGAGACAAGUUGCUGGAGGGCUUCAUUGCCAGCCACGUGAGUUUUUUCUGAAUUUUAAUCAGAUGUGUCAUUAUAUUUUAAUAUGAGCAAUGAUUUUUCUGUUAUUUAAUUCUAUGAAAGAAUUUUCGGCGCUAAAAAUCAUCUGAAACUUAAAAAUUAUCCAAAUUUUUCCCAGGAUUUUUUACGUUUCAAAAAUUGGAUUUCCUGAAAUUUUAAUAAAUAAUUUUGUUUCAAUUUCGUUUUUCAAUUAAAUUAAAAAUCAGUUCAGAAUUAAGAUCAUCAAAAUUCAGAAUUUUUAUUUUUUUUCUUAACAUGAGCAAUGCAUUUUGUUAAAAAUCAUCUCAAAACUUAAAAAUUAUCCAAAUAUCAUCCAGGAUAUUUUACGUUUCAAAAUUUUGUCAAUUAAAAAUUUCGAUAAAUUUUCACAGUUCUAAUUUGAAUUCCGUUUUAAAAAUUCAAUUUGAUUUUAGCUCCUAAAAUCUGAAUUUUUAUUUUUUCUUAACAUGCAUUGUUUUCAGUGUUAGAAAUCCCCUUAAAUUUAAAAAAUGAUCCAAAUUUUUCCCAGGAUUUUUUACGUUUCAAAAAUUGGAUUUCCUUAAUUUUUUAAAAAAUAAUUUUGAUUCAAUUUUUCAGAUCACACUUAAAAUCAGUACAAAAUUAUAAUCAUCAGAAAUCUGAAUUUUUUCUUAACAUGAGCAAUGCAUUGUUUUUAGUGUUAGGAAUUCCCUUAAAUUUAAAAAAAGAUCCAAAUUUUUCCCAGGAUUUUUUACGUUUCAAAAAUUGGAUUUCCCUAAUUUUUUAAAAAAUAAUUUUGAUUUGAUUUUGCAAACUUCAAUUGAAUUUAAACUCAGUACAAAAUUAUGAUCAUCAAAAAACAAAACUUUUUUCCAGUCAGUCUCCUUGGUCAAAAAUCCCCUCAACGUUUGGUAACACCUCCAGUUCGCAAAGCUGCCGGUGUAAAACAGGCAACUGUUGGCCCAACCCUCAUCCGAAAACAAAUCGAACAAUCCAGUGAUCAUGUCGAAGCUCCCCCAACCGCUGGAAGACUAUAUGAUUUCAAACGAGCGCAUGUUCGAGUGAAAAGAAAUUUCGACAAUGGUCCCUGUCAACUUUGUCUCAACGGAAAUCCAUUGAAACGAACCAAACGAUCAUUCGAUUGUGUUCCAUGUACUUAUCUUCAACCACAAUAUUCAGAUAAUAAUCCAUUUUUGGGAGAUCAACGAACACCACAAUCAGCAAUGGGAGUUCCAAUUCAUAAGCGAGAAAAAAGAGCUGGUUGUUUGCCACAUCCUCAAUGUACAAUGCAUAUUCGAAGAUAUAAAAGAAAUCUAUUCGGUUCACAAUAUUGUGAACCUUGUAAUGGACAUUAUGGAAGAAAGAAGAGAGAAGCUGAAAGAGAUCAAUGUUUGAGAAGAGAAAAACGAUAUGCUAACGAUGAAACUUGUGAUAAUGAUGAAUUUACGAUUAAUGAAAGAUCGAAAAGACAAGCUUAUAAUCCAAAAGGGGUUCUAGAUAUUGUGAAAACAUUAUCUAGGUUAGGUGCUGGUGGAGGAAAUGUUGGACCUGGAGGUUGCUUGAAAUUCCCAGCUUGUGUUUUAGCACAAAAGAAGCGAAGAAAGAGAAAUGCGGAUAGAAUGGAAAAGUAUCAUAGAGCUAUUGAAGAACAUAAGAAAGCUGUGGAGGCUUACGAAGAGCAUAAGAGAGUUAAGCGGCAAUUCUUUGCGCCGGAUAAUUCGGCAGCUUGUGUUCCGUGUCCAGCUUGGGUUACUUUGGCGUUGGCGAGUAGAAAGAAGAGGGAUGUUAAUGGGACAAGUGAGGAAGAACAUGAGAGUCAGAAGAAAAUGACGAUUAGUGAAGCGAUUGCUGAUAUUCGAUCGAAGAAGGGUUAUAAACAAGGAUUUGAUGAGGAUGUGGAUGAUGAGGUUGGUUUUGGAAAAAUCUUGAAACGUAGAAAAUCUGGCGAAACUUUUUUCGUCAGUCGCGUGCGGCUGUGCGUCGCGGCUUGGUUGUUUCCCGACCGCGACGCACAGCCGCACGCGACUGACGAAUUAUUGAUUUUUUACGGCAGCUACACUUUUUCAUUUCGACAACAUUUCCAGCGGAAAAUCUUGGAAAAAAUUUUGCAAUUUUUUGAACCUGAUUUUUUUGUUGUUCUGAACUCAUUUUUUUUCAUGACAAAAAUUAUUUAUCGAAAAUUUGUUUUGUUAGCACAAGCGAUGCAUCAACGUUAAUUUUCCAGCUAAAUUGAUACGGAAAAUUUGAAGCGUAGAAAAUCUGGGUUUUUUUCUAACUUUUUUUUCUAACUUCACACGAUUUUUUUAGAAGAAUAUUGUCGAAGUUGAAAAAUUAGGCUGUGCAGAAUUGAAUGAAUGAAAAAAAACCAUAAUUUGCCAAAUGCGUGCGGCUCUGCGUCGCGGCUUGGUUGUUUCCCGACCGCGACGCAGAGCCGCACGCGACUUGAUUUUUUACGGAAGCUACACUUUUUCACUUCGACAAAAUUUCCAGCUGAAAAUUUUGAAACGUGGAAAAAUUUUGCCUUAUUUUUAAACCUGAUUUUUUUUGUUGUUCUGAACUUUCGACUUCAUAAGCCUUUUUUCAUGACCAAAAUUCUGAUCAGUAAAUAGCUGAAGUUAGAUAAUCGAUCAAUGUUAAAUUUUCAGCUGAGUUGGUAUAGAAAAUUUGAAACGUAAAAAAUCUGGGGAAAUUUUUUUGAACAUCUAUGAAUUUCUGGAUUUUUUUUGAGUCUGAAAAUCGCCUGGUUUUUAUUUCAGUCAGAAAAUAAGAAGUCUAGAAACAAUCCUAUUAUUUUCCAGACCUCAUCCGAAUCCGCCGAACAAACCAUCCGUCGUCGCCAAUCGUGCCAACAAUCCGACGAUUGUCUGAACAACGUCGAAUACGCCGUCUUCCAAAAAGUCUACGCCGACAAACGCACGAAACGUGAGGCGGUAUUCCGCCGCAAAAAGUGCACCAGAUGCGGUGUCAGCGGUUUGACGCCACAUCGUGUCAAGAGAAACUUCGGACGACCAAAUAUCAAUGUUUCCGAGCAGAAUUGCAUGGCUUUCCCACAAUGCAGGCAUCGUGUGAAACGAAAUCUAUUUGUGAGUCGAGUUUUUUUUUUAGAUUUUGCAGAAAAAAAUGUGGGUGUUUUUUUUUUCAGGAAGACUGUAACAUUUGCACAGCGAAUGUUGAAGGAAGAAAACGACGAAGAAAGCGAAACUUUGGAACUCAACAAUGUUAUCCAUGUCCAAGCUCGGGAUAA